AUGCCUUCUACAACGGUCUUCGCAACACUGGAGAAGGGCUACUGGGAACAUCAUAGCCAUGACAAUAUUACAUUUGGAGCUGGAGUGUACGCAGGAAUUUAUAUCAGCCAGAACUAUGAGAUUCCAAGAGUUGAUGACCCUGGGAAACUCUGGGAAAAAUUCAAGGAAUUUGCAGAUCAACAUAAAAAGGACAAGUGAAAUAAAAUCUGAGAAUACAAGAUGCAUAGAUAACAGGUUUCAACUUCCAUCAAGAUGACGCUACAGGUUAAGUGUAAUUCCAGAAGACCAAUAAUGAACUUGCCAAUUAGUUAUGUGUAGUUUAAUUUACAAUUUUUUAUACAAUUUUUACAUUUAAUCCUUGGUUAACUAUUCAGAAAUGUUAUUUAAUGGCAUGCUUAUUUCAUCUUUAGAAGACUGAUAGAAGUGCAAAGGGAAUUUGUGAACCUUUAAAAACUGUACAAAUAUACACAACCAGUAUUGAAAAAGCUUUCUUUGGCCACCUUGUUUCUGGACAUUCAGAUCAAGCUCAUACCACCACCUGAAUACUCCAUUCUCAUCUGUGGUUCUACAAAAGCAAGCCAAUCAGAAGAAUGAGAGGGCAGUAGCCCCAUGGAAUGGCAUUUAUAUAAAGCCAAAGCAACACUGACGAUGUUACCCAAAAAGUACACAAACUUCUGUCCUGCUGCAUGGCUUCCUUCAAUCAUCUUGAAUGCUGCAAUAGAGUUAUGCAUGAGAGACAAAUGUAAUGUAAAAACAUCUACAUGAAUGAAAUGAUAUCUUAAGCAAGUGUGUUUGUUUUGUGCUACUGGUUUUGUUUUCAAAUACAAGCUUAAUAUGAAAUUAAAUUUAAACAAUUCUUACAUCACAGUAAAAUUUAACUCUUACACAUAAUGAAUAUGAACACACAUUUAGCAUAAUCUUAACUAGGAAGAAAGCUUGCAUCACUAUAUUUAAAAUAAGUCUACAGUCCAAUAAUGGUCAAGCUAUUCUUCCAUGCAGUUUUACAAAUACUAUUUAUUCAAUAGUAUUUACUAAUGUAAAAAGUUCUCAUAAUUAUUAGACAACUUUAGUACAAAAUUGUUUGCAAGUACACUUGCAUUAAAGAUAUAAUACAACUUCUCAAAUUUUAAGCAAAUACUUUUCUUACAUAUGACAAUGUUUAGAGAAAGAUUAAAGUGAUGCCUGCCAAAGAAAUCUAGAGAUGCAGAUUAAUGCAACUCUUAUUUAGAGAUUGUUUUCCAUAUAUUUAGUUUUAAUUCAAAUAACAUUUUACCCGCAACCAAUAUUUAAAGCUUUAAAGAUUACUUGAGAGUUACUUUUCAAUCUGAACAAUUAUAUUUGUUUAAAAACAAUUAAAUCUUCCACAAAAUGGCUAAAGUUUGACUUUUCAUUCGUUUGUAGUGUUUCUUCAAAGACUUCUCUUUUAAGUACUUAAGAGAUGAACUCAUCACAUCCAAAAAAUAGUGAACAAUAUUUUCAACAUUAAAAGUGCUAUACAUUUCACUCCAAUACUUCUGAAAUGAUCCUUAGGAAUCAAUAAGUUGUACAAUACAUGGAGGAUAGUAAUUGUUAUUUUCUAUUUACGUACACCUCUAAUGUAUUUUAAUUGAAAUAUAGUUUCCCCCCUCCCUCUUCAUAUUUUUACUUAUUGGUGAACCUGUUAUCAGUGUGGUAUCUCUGUAAUUAUGUCAAGCUCAAAUUCAGC